AUGAAGGGGGAGAAACAAGAUGAUUACUCUCUUAUAAUACCACUACUUGUUAACAAUGGAGAUGUUGGAACGAAGGUAAAAGAAGAGCAAUACACCAACAACACAACCACAGGAACAGCUUCUUUCAUCAGUACUUGUUUCAAUGCUCUCAAUGCUCUCUCAGGAGUCGGAAUACUCUCGAUUCCAUACGCAUUGGCAUCAGGAGGGUGGUUGACCUUAAUUCUCCUUCUCGUAAUUGCCAGCUCAACCUUCUUUACAGGAUUAUUAAUCCAAAGAUGCAUGGAUUCAGAUCCAACAAUAAGAACGUAUCCCGACAUAGGGGAACGAGCAUUCGGGAAAGCAGGGAGAACUCUAAUAUCAAUCUCCAUGAACAUAGAACUCUACUUAGUCGCAACAGGCUUCUUGAUCCUAGAAGGCGAUAAUUUAUGCAAAUUAUUCCCAGAUAUAGAUUUUGAUAUUUAUGGCACUCGUAUUGGAUCCAAAACUGCAUUUAUUGUCAUUAUUGUAAUCCUUAUACUCCCUACAAGUUUGUUAAACGACAUGAGUAUUCUAUCAUACAUAUCAGCCAGUGGAGUUCUAGCUUCUGUCAUCAUCCUAUCCUCCGUCUUUUGGGCCGGUGCCUUUGAUGGUAUCGGUUUUCAAGAAAAGGGUAAUUUCGUCAAAUGGAAUGGAGUCCCAUCGGCUAUUAGCUUAUAUGCAUUUUGCUACUGUGCUCAUCCCGUUUUUCCCACCCUAUAUACUUCAAUGAAAAACCAACGCCAAUUCUCAAAGGUCUUGUUCUUUUGUUUUGCCUUUUCUACGAUUACUUACUCAUUAAUGGCAGUUAUAGGUUACCUUAUGUUUGGGUCGAAAGUAGAGUCAGAGAUUACGUUAAAUCUCCCUACCAACAAGAUAAGCUCAAGGGUGGCAAUAUUCACCACCCUCGUUACUCCCAUAGCUAAAUAUGCUCUAAUGUUAACUCCAAUUGUCGAUACUAUUGAAACACAGUUUCAAUCUUUUUGCAACAAAAGGAAGUGUAGCUUUCUUAUUAGAACAAUCUUGAUGAUAAGUACUGUGGUUGUGGCCAUGUUUGUUCCUUUCUUUGGGAAUCUAAUGUCACUCGUGGGAGCGCUCUUAAGUGCCACGGCUUCGAUAACAAUACCAUGCUUGUGCUACUUAAAGAUUUCAGGGAUUUACAAGAGAAUUGGGAUGGAAAUGAUUAUUGUUUGGUUCGUUGGCUUAAUUGGUUUGAUAGUAGCAGUUGUGGGUACUUAUGUAUCGUUAGUAGAUUUAAAGACCCAUCUAUUUGUAGCUAUUUGAGUUUAGAGCUAUGUUAGUUUAUAAAAUUUUUGGAUGGAACAAUUGAUUAGUCAAGGUACUAAGGCAUCUUCGA